AUGGAUACGCAUGGCACGCAAAGUCGCAAAACCAACAUCAUUGACGACGCAGUAGCCCUGGAGUAUAGCUUGGCUCAACAGAAGGGCAAGAGCAAAGGAAAAGGCAAAGCAAGAGAAGCAGAUAAUGCUGGGCGUAGCGCUCUUGUACCGCGAGCCGCCGGAAUUUCCAAGUCGAAGGCUCCAAUCAAGCCCAAGGCAGUGCCAGCGGCUGGCCAACAGCACCAUGAAGGCUAUGGCAUCAGGAUUCUACUGCAUAAGGAGGGCAGCAAGCAACGGCAACACGCUCGCGCUUCUACGACAUUCCGCAACAAGAGUAUUGAAGCAGCACUAGACAUAGUUGAGAGCUAUGCGGGCUCGAUGAAGAGACAACAGUUCAUCAACGAAAACAAGACCAAGACCUUCAUAGGUAACUGGAUCGAGAUGGCAGAGACCCUCGCAUUCGGUGCAAGCCCAACUACCAAGCUCACGCGGGCUGAUUGGGCAAUGAGCGAAUUUAUGCAUCCCGACCAGCGUCCGCACUCCGAAAGCAAGAAGGGAUUGAACCAGAUUCCUAACGAUGAUAGCGGUCUGGAGGAGGCGAUAAACAACAUCUACGCGUCUCUGCCAAAGAAGCGAAAACACGCAGCUGAAGAAACCUCUGAUCAGAAUGAGCAUGCAAAGCGGGAUGCGAAGCAGCAAAAAUAUGAGCAUGUAGCAAACUUGCAGGCAGCCCGUAGAAGACCAACGAAUGAGGCUCAAACAGGCAAGUCAAACAUGGCUACAAAUGGCACGGUACAUCGAGAGAUGCAGAACCAGAAACUCGCAGAAGGGCAAAAGCCAGUGCUCAGCACGCAAGGCAGCGCGGGAUUGACGAGUCCGACAAUUGCCAAAUCGCGACCACCGGCACCCGAUUUAUCCAAAUCGUCGAGGCCGAUGGGCAAGAUCGGAGGAAAGAAAGGUCACAAGACACCUGAAGAAGAUCAGGAAGAUCUUAAGACCUUCCUUCAAGAGAUAGGCCUCGAUUCCAGCAAUGCAGAGACUGCAACAACUGCCUUGCUCGGGCCGAGCAAAGACGAGCACCUGGUGAUCACCGUCACACAAGGUGCGCGCGGUCACCUCACUCUACAUUCGACAACGGUCACCAGACGGAAUUUUGACAGCCGUCCAAACAAUAAGCGGAUCCCUAGGCCAUAUCUCAAGGACGGUAGGCACGGCCCAGGUGGCCAGUUCGAUAACGACCCGGAUCGAGCGACUGGCCAAGGCCACGACUGUGAGCCUGAAGACGCCAGAAACUUUGAGACAUACAUGGGCCUUAAGUGGAAGGCUAGCCGGAGACAUCCAAAUGGGGAGUCAGUGUUCCCACAGGCUAUCCAGGACUUCAGGGCCCUCGAACCUUGGUACAGGGAGUAUGUCAAGCAAUACCCUGGGAAGAGGCUGGAUCAAUGGCCAUGCGGUUGCCUAAAGGUGAUUGAGGAGGAAGGUGAUGAAAGCGAGGAGGAGUAG